CAAAACUCACACUUACACCAUCAGCAAGACAGCUUCAGGGCUCUGGUUCAACACAUUCAACCUUGUUUAAACUUCUCAAGUAUAGUAAAAUGUUGCUCCCUUUCGCAAUGAUAAUGGCAACAAUGAUUUCAUGCUUGGAAGCUGUUGGAACAAACAGUAACAAUCCCAUGAAUAUGAUGAUAAAAACUCAAACUUUUUCAUCUCCAUCAUUCACCAUGACACCUGGUUUAGUAAUUGAGAAAUUCUACUACAAUAUCACCUUCCCAAAAUCCCAUAUUGCCAUAAAAAGCUUUGAAGUUGAAGUUGUAGAUGAAUCAGGCAAUCAAAUCCCACUUCCAGAAACUUACCUUCAUCACUGGGCACUUGUGAGAUAUUAUCAACACAAAAAUGCAACAAACCCAACAAUAAAUACUGCCUAUGACCAACUUCAAGAACCAAACUUCAUCAUUGCCAGCAACAAUGGAGUCUGCCAACGAAAUGUUUUAUCGACCUACUACGCCAUGGGAUCUGAAUCACGAACAAUAUCCACAUUUCUUCCAUACCCAUAUGGAAUUGAAGUUGGCAACCCAUCAGAAAUUCCCACAGACUAUGAAGAGAGGUGGAGUCUCAAUGUUCAUGCAAUUGAUAUCAGAGGAGCAGAGAACAAGCUGGGAUGUAUUGAGUGUCAUUGCCAUUUGUAUAAUAUCACAGAAGAUCGAUUUGGAAGGCCAUUGAGAGCAGAGUAUAAAGGAGGUUUGGAAUGUUGUUAUGAUAAAACAGUGUGUAGAGUGAAUCUAAGCGAUGGAAGAGAUUAUCAAGAAAGGAAUUUGUUUGUAAGAUAUAGAGUGAAGUGGGUGGAUUGGAAUGAUUUCGUGAUUCCUGUCAAAGUUUAUUUAUUCGAUGUAACUGAUAAUUGGAACCCAUUGCCAGACUCAACAGGAGCUUCUCGACAGCAUAAUUGUCUGAUUGAAUAUGAUGUAGAUGUAGAGUCUUGCUCCCUCACAAAUAAGGUUGAUGAUGGUAAGUGUAAUGAUGUGAAAAAGUCAAAGGUAAUGUUUCCAUCCAGUGGGUAUCUCAUCUAUGGAGUGGCUCACCAACAUAUUGGUGCAAUUGGUGCAACAUUUUAUGGAGAGGAUGGAAGGGUUUUAUGCUCUUCAUCACCAAUUCAUGGGAAAGGAAAUGAAGGUGGGUAUGUGGUUGGAAUGACAACUUGUUAUCCAGAACCAGGCUCAAUCAAAAUCAAUAAUGGAGAAAUGGUAACUUUUACAUCAAAUUAUAGUUCCACACAGAACCACACAGGAGUUAUGGGUAUCUUUCACAUUAUAGUUGCUGACAAAAUAUUCAAAUCAUCAUCACUUUCAAAAGAAGUUGACAAUGAUAACACCCUCGUCAUGUAGAACCCUUUUGAUAAAGUUUCUAUUUCUUAUUUCCUAUUUCCGUUUCUCAUUUUGUAAGAAAUUGACGUAUUUGAAAAUUGUUUCUGGUUUCUUGUUUCUAGAAUUUGAGAAACGUUUCCAAAUAUGUGACCAAAUAUGAGAAACUACAAAAAGUAUAGUUUCUCUAUGUUCCAUUUCUAUUUUAUAUAAUAUUGUUUCUUUUAUUUAGCAAAAUUCAACCUUGGCCUUUUGGUAGUCAUGCGUGUUUUGUUGGAGUCCAUGUCCUAAAUCUCAUGGGUU